GGUUGUCACCUUAGUAAUUCGCCUUGAACAUAUUGUUUAUUGCACAGAAAAUGUUAAGAAAUUCAAUUUGCCAUGUAACUAAGCUUCAAAAACCACUGCCCACCAAGAAGCCCUCAUGGCUAAGGGACUGCCGAAAAGAUCCCCUUUGCCCGGAGUUGCUAAUAUAGUUGUUGUAGCUUCGGGCAAGGGAGGUGUUGGAAAAUCUACUGUAGCCGUUAAUUUGGCAGCAACAUUAGCUAAUAUGGGUAAACGUGUAGGACUACUAGAUGCCGAUAUUUUUGGACCAUCUAUUCCCCUAAUGAUGAAUAUACAUGAGGAGCCCUUGGUUGAUGAUAGAAAUCUUAUGAUACCGCCUGUAAAUUAUGGUGUUAAAUGUCUAUCAAUGGGGCUAAUAACUCAACAAGGUGGUGCAAUAAUAUGGAGAGGUCCCUUGGUUAUGUCGGCUUUGCAGAGAUUGUUGAAAGGUGCCAUCUGGUCCCCCUUAGACAUUUUAAUUGUGGAUACACCACCUGGCACAGGUGAUGUACAUUUGUCAUUAACUCAGAAUGUGCCCAUUGAUGGCGUGCUACUGGUAAGCACACCCCAGACUGCAGCUUUGGAGGUAACACUUAGAGGAGCGCAAAUGUAUAAAACUUUAAAAGUGCCCAUAUUUGGAUUGGUUGAAAAUAUGGGUCAUGCAAUAUGUGGCAACUGCCAAAGUAGAAUAGAAAUAUUUAAAAACACCUCACAAAAAUAUCUACAAGAAAUCGACACGCAGAUUUUAGCCUCAAUACCAUUAGAUGGCAAUAUAACAGAUUGUUGUGAUGCAGGAGUACCAAUGGUUUUAAAAUAUAAAGAUUCAGAGUAUGCAAAAAGCUUUUAUAGUUUAGCUCAACAGCUGCUUAAUAAAAUGGAAGCCAAAGAAAAACAAUAAAAAGUUGUGUUAAAUUAAAA